AUGACACGCGCCAAACGUGCAGUGACGCAAGUUUCUCUCGCGCUGCUUCUCCUCCUCCUCUUCGUCGUGGACGAUGUAAACGGCGGAAUGCAGAAGCAACAGCCUGUCCACCGUGGCGAUAGCGCUACGGCAAAAUUCAUUCGUGUGGUGCAAGUUGUGAGCUCCUUCACCGAGAAGCUUUUCAACAAGGCGGAGCCGCAGACGUGGAUCGACGAAAUUAAACGUCUCGCCCGCAUGGAUUUACGUGCGGGGGAGGCAGAAGAGAAUAAGGUAGCAACAACAGUGGCUACGGAAAUGGCAAGGGGGACGAAGGGGCGGAAUUAUUUGCUUAGUGAGUCCCAAAUAGGGAAACCAGCAUCAGAAGCAGACGCGAUGGAAUUGGAUGAGGAAGUGCCAUCCGGCGAUGAGGAUGAGGAGAAUGAGUGGGAGGGGGAUUUAUUGCGGUUUUCCGCCAAGGCGGAGCCGACACCGGAGCGGCGCUGCUCGCGGGGCUACGUUGCGGUGCCUGGAUCCACUGUCUUCAGCUGCAAUGACACGAAUGUGACGGGCGCGGCGUACAGCAAUCUGACUGAGGAGGAGCGCGGCGCGUGUACGCACGCUGCAGAGACCGACGUGGUGUGCAUCUGCCCGCUCGGCACCAUCUGGCAGCUGAAGGGCGCCAGCCAAGGGUGGGUCUGCGCCCCGCGCCUGCUGCUCGCGUCGCCGCGCCUCACCAACACCGCCUUAUGCCGCGACGAGCACGGCGGAGCGCUCGGCCUGCCGCGCAGCAGCGAGAGCGAUUACUGCGUGCGGGUGCGGCGCAGUGCGACCCUCGCCUUGAACCUCAACGUCACUUACCGCUGGAUGGAGAACGACGAGAUGGAAAACAUCAUCGCGCUAAAGGAGCCGCAAGCCGCCUUCGGCACCGUGGAGCGUGACGGCGUCUACGUGACGUUGAGGAAGGGCGUGCUGGGGAAAUACAGCGAAUUGGAGCGCUCGGGGCAGCUCUUCAGCUUCAUUCUGGCCCCGGAUUCGUCGGACCCAUACUCGUUCGGAAUGAUCAGCGGCCACCCGCUGCAAAAGGACGGGCAGUUCGACUUCAUCAUCUACCCCUUCAAUCACCCCGAGUUGAUGGACCGACAGAAGGUGUCCAGGCCGCUUAAAACAGGUGCCGCCUUGAAGAGAUUCUUUGGCGGCAAAGGUAACUAUACGCUGCACAGCGUGACAAAGGAUCUGGGCACCCUGAGCGACGAAUACAUCACGGGCAACACCAUGUACAUGGAAGUUGGCUUCAGCAGCUCCGGGCUCCCAUUUGAAUACCGCUGCGCCCGUGUGUGGAUCACGUUUGAGGGCCUCCCAGAGGCACCCGAGACGUACUCAUAUGACCAGCCGAUGAGUAGCGCAACCAUCGCCGCUAUUAUCAUAUCCUCCGCUGUUUCUCUUGGCGUUCUGGCUGCCGUUGUCUGGUACUUUUGCAACAAGCCACAAGAAUUCGACGAUCGACUAAUCGAAAAAGCCCUGAAGGAGCGAAGCAAGAAGGAGCAGUGA